ACAGGUCCGAAGCAGCGUCACUGUUUCGAAGCCGGUCCCACAGUUUAAGAGGAGCGAGUCUGCCCUGAUUAUUGCACUUUUCUCCUGUUCACAGAGAAAGAAGAAACAAUGGCAAGAACCAAGCAGACCGCCCGUAAGUCCACCGGAGGCAAAGCCCCCAGGAAGCAGCUCGCCACCAAGGCUGCCCGUAAGAGCGCCCCGGCCACCGGCGGCGUCAAGAAGCCUCACCGUUACAGGCCCGGUACCGUGGCUCUCAGAGAGAUCCGUCGCUACCAGAAAUCCACCGAGCUGCUCAUCCGCAAGCUGCCCUUCCAGCGCCUGGUCCGUGAAAUCGCUCAGGACUUCAAGACCGACCUGCGCUUCCAGAGCUCCGCUGUCAUGGCUCUGCAGGAGGCCAGCGAGGCUUACCUGGUCGGUCUCUUCGAGGACACCAACCUGUGCGCCAUCCACGCCAAGAGAGUCACCAUCAUGCCCAAAGACAUUCAGCUGGCCCGCCGCAUCCGUGGAGAGAGAGCUUAAACUACUUGUUACUCAUCCACGAACCACAACGGCUCUUUUCAGAGCCACAUCACUCUACUUACGAGAUUAUUCCUCUUUGUGUACAUGUGUCUACGUCUGCUCACAUGGCGUUUUUUAUAUCCUGCCUUUCAGGGAAUUGCAUUAAUUUAACUAUUUAUACUAUUUUAAUUAAAGUCGUCUCACUCUUACCAUGAACCGUAGGCUGCAAAAUAAUUACCUACGGUGUUUUAAACUAUCACCGUAGUUUACAUGAAUGAAUGCUUCCUCAGUGAUCUGCUAUGUAUGAUGAAGACCACGAGAGGGCGCCUUCAUCCUGCUCACCAGGGAUGUAGUGGAGGUUAAAGCUCCUCAACUCACUUUGUCGACAGUCUGACUUCAUCACAUGUUAUCAGGGAGAUCAAAUCACAUUUAGAAGCUGUCAAAUGAGCUGGUGCGUUCAGGUCCUGUGCGAUUAAAGGCCACUUUUAAACAUCCACUCAUGUGGACCACCCAGUGGCGAAAAGCUGUUCUAAAAUCACAGCAGGGGCCCAGUUGAGUCAGUCCGCUGUAUAUAACAGACAUUUAGUCAGAAAGUUCUCUUCAAUCUUUGCUGAAUCUUCGCACCCCUUGUAUCAGGAGUUCAAUCCUCUUCCAUCUGGGCGGUAGUAUAGGGUACCCGGGCCAGGAGCUCUGAAGCUCAGUGCUCCUUUAACCCUAAGGCCUUUUCAGAUAUAAACUAGAGAUGGAUGGAUGAAGGCUUGUGAAGUUUCUGGGGCUUCUUCCCGUUCAUAGACUUAUCACUUGAAACUUGAUUUAAAUAUCAAUUAUUUUCGCUGUGAAGUAAGUUAUAUAUCAACAUCAGUGUUUAGGAGAUAUGACUGGAAGUUUGAUGUCUUAAAUAGCAGUGAUGUUCUGUCUUUGCUGGUCAGAGUAGAAAUCAAGCUACUCUACUGCCCCUCCCGUACCCACAGCUGUACUCAUGUUCCAUUGCACCAUGUUAGUGAAUUGCCCUCCUCGCAUUUAAAAACUAAAUAUCAAUUAAAUGACAUGCAACAAUCCUGCAUUCACUUUUCCCUUUUGCUCAACAAUCCUCUUUUGAUUGAUAGAGGAGGUAAAAAAAUUGUACUUUUAGAAUCCACCUGUAUAAGACUGCACUUAUGGAACAAAAAACAUAGGUGACACUGUUCUCUCUCUCUCUUGUAAAAUUGGUGGACUUGGUUGGUGUUGGUGUAGAUUUACUGCUUUAUAAGGAACAAAUUUGUCAGGAAUUAUUAAAACAUUUGUUGCAGUUUUUCGUUUUCUUUAAAAGACAGUUUAUUGUGUUUUAUUGGUGGAAUAAAAAAGUAUUGGAAACAAUCUGGAUUAUAAAACUAGUUUUAUGACUUGUGUUAUGACUGGCUUUAUGUGUAAAGCAGUCAUUUGAACCUGAACCCAACAAUAUAAAUCAUCUAAAGACGCUUAAAAAGCCUUAACCAGCUCAUUAGUUCCAUGUGGUUUCAUGGAUAGACAUUGAAGCCAUUUUUGUUCAUUCCUGGAUUUUCCAGCGUGUUUCAUUUGCUUUUAAAAAAAAAUAAAAAUUUUGGGGACAUUCUUCAAACAUCGCCUGGCACCUCGGUGCUAAUCAGUCAAUCUCCCUGAUC